GGCGAAGAUGGGGACACCACAGAAGGAUGUUGUAAUAAAGCCGGAUGCGCCAAGCACGUUGCUUUCAGAGAAACAUGCAGACUACAUCGCCUCGUACGGAACGAAGAAAGACGAUUACGAGUACUGUAUGUCUGAGUACUUGAGGAUGAGCGGUGUUUAUUGGGGGCUGACAGCCAUGGACCUCCUGGGACAGCUGCACCGAAUGAACAAAGAAGAAAUUCUGGCAUUCAUCAAAUCGUGUCAGCAUGAAUGUGGUGGAAUAAGUGCCAGCAUAGGUCAUGAUCCCCACCUUCUGUAUACCCUGAGUGCUGUCCAGAUUCUGAUCUUGUAUGAAAGCCUCCAUGUUGUUGAUGUAAAUAAAAUUGUUGAGUAUAUACAGAGCUUGCAGAAAGAAGAUGGAUCAUUUGCUGGAGACAAAUGGGGAGAAAUAGAUACAAGGUUCUCCUUUUGUGCUGCAGCAACUCUUGCACUUCUAGGAAAAUUGGAUGCUAUUGACGUGGGGAAAGCAGUAGAAUUUGUUUUGUCCUGUAUGAACUUUGAUGGAGGAUUUGGCUGUAGGCCAGGUUCUGAGUCACAUGCAGGACAGAUCUAUUGUUGCACAGGAUUUCUGGCUAUUACAGACCAGUUGCAUCAAGUAAAUGUUGACUUGCUGGGAUGGUGGCUUUGUGAACGUCAGCUGCCUUCUGGAGGUCUCAACGGGCGUCCGGAGAAGUUACCUGAUGUAUGCUAUUCAUGGUGGGUUCUGGCAUCUCUGAAGAUGAUUGGUAGGUUACAUUGGAUUGACAGAGAGAAACUGCGCUGCUUUAUUUUGGCUUGCCAGGACGAGGAGACUGGAGGAUUUGCUGACAGACCAGGAGAUAUGGUGGAUCCAUUUCACACUUUGUUUGGAAUUGCUGGACUAUCCUUACUUGGGGAAGAACAAAUUAAGGCUGUUAAUCCUGUCUUCUGUAUGCCAGAAGAUGUCCUUCAAAGAAUAAAUGUACAGCCUGAGCUUGUGAGCUGAGUCUCAUGGAGACAGCAAAUUGAUAGACCCUCUUGGUUUGGUUUUACUGAUUGGAAGUCAUCUUUGAAGCUUGGAAUAUUCUUAAUAUUCUUCUUUGAGAUGUGUUUACAUUACUACAGUAAAGCAGUAGCUUUACAGUGGGCUUUGUCACUUUGUGAACUGUAUUGUAACUGGGUUGUUGUAGUAUUCUGAGUGUAAUAUGUUCUUUGGUUGUACAUAAGAGAUGUAGAAACAUUUCUAAUCUGUAUCUAAAGAUCUAGGCUUUUUUUUUUUUAAUAACCAAGUUGCAGCAGUAGUGUGACUAGCUUAAUUUUUUCUAUUCCUGCAGUGUCAGCCGUGGUAGCAUCUGUCAUUACGCAAGUGUGUUCUGAUGGUGUGUCAUGCACAGCACUUCAGAAGAAUACAGGAAGAAAAACCACCCAAGUUAAGCCGUGCACUUAAUGCCAAACGCUUGUCUGUGUAAUUAUGGCUGUUUUCACUUCUAUAUACUCAGAUGCAAGCAACUUCUUUUCAUAGUAAUUGUUACCAGUAAAAGCAACAAAAAAUAUGAUUCUAUUAAAGACAGGAAUGUACUCCUUAUUACUGCAAAAGUUCCUUUUGACGAAAUUCCCCUGAUAGUUGAAAUGGAGCAUACCUUGAGUGUAUCUGCACUGAAAAUUGCUGAUGUUAAUCAUUAUAGAGAAAUUCUUCAUAGGAAAGCGACUUGCAGCUGAAUAUAGUGCUGACCGUAAAUUUAUUGCUGGACUGGAAUUGGCUUUGCAGCUUUUAAGACAAAAAUUGCCAGCACUUCAUUAUGCUGUAGUUGAGAGUUAAAUUAGCCGUGGAAAACACUCAUCUGAAAGAUGAAAUCCUUUUGUCUUGACAGAAGCCCUAAAAUUGCAUGUUUCUUCACAUCCUCUUGCACACUGUCUGAAACUGAAUUUCACUUCACAGUGAAAUGUAGUUGGGAGGGGGAAGAAGUUCUUUGAUAAUUGCUGUAUGUAUGCUUAAAGAAGGUCUAAAAGUAUUUCAACACUUCUGAUCACCAGCGGCUUAGUUUUAUCCAACCUAUUCAUCCUAGUAGAGAAUAAGGUGCAGCAACUUCUUGGGAAAUUCAGAGACUGAAGGCUCAAAUACUACGUUUGGGAUUUUUUGUUUUUUUUUU